UCGACGGUUUCACUUCAGCAAAACCCCGGCGCUAGACGGCGCUGUUAGCACGUCACAAUGCAGGACAUUGUCCUAUACUCAGGGGACUUAACUCCUGGAUUAACGGUCUCGUUAACUAAAAAUUGACGCAAGGCAAAGUUUUGCUACAGCGUGUGUCAACAUUUGUGAGUAGUUUCGCGUGAACUUGUUUUAUUGGGUGAGAACUGGUCACACAUUUUUUGCCAGCUUUUUGACAACAGGAAAUUUUUUUUUCUAUCCCAUGGAUAUUUGUGCCGCCCAGUAACUGGUGACGUCACGAUGGUGAGCACAGCUCAGCGCGCCCCGCCCCCCGCACCAAAAGGUGACCGGAUGUUUGUGGCCCUGCGGCUCGGCCCCGUGACCCGGGCCCCCAUGUACCAGGACCCCCUAGCCAGCAGCAUCCUGCCCGCCGUCCAGGGUUCGAGUCCAGCCCAGCCGGUCAAAUAUCCCAGGAUUAUCGUCCGGGAUUUUCUUGGUCGGACACUGGACACUUACACCACGCUACAGGAGGCUAUUUAUAGAGCAAGCUGGACCAGGAGGAAGAUGGGAGACUGGCCCCGGACCCCCCUGGAGUGGCGUCUGCCCAAAGCCCCAGCCCCAGCCAAGCCGGACUACUCAAGGUCAGGACCUUUGACCUACAGCAGUCGCCAUGACAACCGCUAUGACGUCACGGCCCAGAGUCAGGACAGCAGGAGGAUGGAGCUCACAGCCAACGUCUUGGUCAACCUCCCGACUGUGGAAAUAGCUGUGGAUGACGUGUCUUUUGUAGCUGAAAGCUUGAACCAGCUGCCCAACCUCCCGUCCUUCACCUUCCUCCGCCACUCCCUCCUGGCUGGUCAAGCGACCUACGUCCAGAUUGUCGCCUCCAUCCUCCUGCACCAGAAACAGCUCCGGGAGCUGGACCGGCGGGAAGCUGUCUGGUCGUUCCCCGGCUUCUGCACCGGCUGCCAGAGAGCUGGGCUGUGUUACGGCUGCAGCAAGAGCGCAAAACCUCACGUUCACGAGGAUAUUCCCGCCAUGACAGGGGGCGGUUUCCGGUUCUGGAAGCGUGACAGACCACGUGACCCGCAUCUGUGGAAACAUCCGGGCAACUGGAAGGUACCGUCGUCAGAGGAGGAGCUUAAGUCUAUCAUAGAGAGGUACGGUGACCUGGCCAGCUACCAACGUGCCAUGAUGAGGGCGGGGCAGAGGAUGGCGGACACCGGUGACGUCACCAGCGCUGACCAGUCACGUGACGGCCUGAGGUACCAGCGACUAAAGAGUCUGGGAACAUAUCCACCUCGUGUCGCUAUCGUCACCACCGAUGAUUUUGUUGAUGAAAUGCUCAACGAUAUGUACGGCCAGAGGAGAGGUGUAGAGGACAUGGACGGCCAAAGGACGGAUGUAGAGGACAUGGACGGCCGAGAGUUGGAUAGAGAGGACAUCUCUAGAGGACCCAGGGAGAGCAGGCGCAGGAGAGUGGGGGUCGUGGAUGACAGGAGUGGGUCAGGGGUCACUGAUGACCCGUCGUCAGAUCCUGGCGCAUUUCGGGUCACUGUGAGAAGCAGAGGAGGGGAGGAAGUGGAUGAGCUGAGAGACUGGAUUCAAAGAAGGAGAAAUGAGGAAGAUGAAGAUGAGGGGAUAGAACUAGAAGAACGCCGACAGCGGUCACGUGUUUCUGUAUCAAAAUGGAGUCCGGCGAAAAAAGGAAACAGCAGCCCACCAGCCGCCCCCAAGAGAUCGAGGUUCGAACAGAAACCGUCGGACGAGGAGACAGAAGAGCUAACCCGCCUCCUCAGAGAACGUGCCAAAGAAAAUGUGCCGUUUGGUAAAAAACGACGUGACGUCAGCUAUCAAGCGCCCAAGUUUUUCACGGUGCAGAAGACAUCUCGUCACGUGACUGUGGCCAGAGACCCCUUCAGUGACAAGCGUGACCUUGACCUACCCAAAGGUCCGGCCUUCCAGCUCAAAAAGUCGGAGAGAAAAACAACCAAGUUCGUCGAGUUCAAGAAAGGAGAGAGGGGGUGGAAGGCGCCGAAGAAGUUCGAGGUGAAACAUGAAGAGAAGCAGCCGACCAAAUUCUGGCAGGGUUCGAGUCCCAGCAGGGACAGACGCAGUAGGAGAAGGCGUGGCGAGGGCAGUGACGACGACUCGAGCGAGAGACGCAGACGACAGAACAAUUCUCUGGACUCAGGUAUCGCCAGUGGCUCAGCAGGUGAGACUGACGUCAUCCCUGACGUCAUUCCUCCUCAGCCAGAACACAUUGCCACCGAGGGACAGGACGACAAGAACCAAGAUGGCGACACGAACAAGACAGGGGAAGUAAUCCAGAGAGAGCCGGUCAAGGUCAAACGCCGAGAAGUGGUCAAGAAAACGAAAGUAGAGAGACCAGUCACUCCCCCACCAAAGAGCCCACCGAGACUUCCGUCCCCACCCCCAGUGAGGAAACGGACGCCGCCCGCCCCCUACACCAAGCCCCCCACCAAGCCCCCACCCCCCAGCAGGAGGAGCCGCCCCUGCCAGAGCUGGAACUACCCGAGGUUCCUGACCUGCCGGAGAUCGAGGAUAAGCAGCCUGAGAAAAGAAAACAGAAGAUGAAAUUCUCGGUGGAAGCCCCGCCCCAGGCCACGCCCACAGACGUGCCAGUCAAGAGAAGGGCGGCGCCCAAAGUCAGGCGCAUCCCCAAGCAUUUAUCUCGGCCGAGAAGGUCAAGGCCAGCCGAGGCCCCCGUGCUGCCCGAUGACCUGAUGGACAUCCAGGGACCCUCUGGACUUUCUCAACAAGUAUUGCAUCAUUAAUCCUGACCGACUUCCGUUUUACGAGAUCGUGUUUGAGGCGACGGUUGCAGAUCAGAAGCCUCGCUAUCAUAAACCGGAAGUGGAAGUUUCAGACCAGCCGGCAGUGGAGGAUGAAGGUAACAAGGUGGAGGGGGAGGCUGUACCUGUGGAAACGAAAA